AAGAGAGAGGAAUUUCCAGUGUGUCUUGAAAUUAAUUGAAAGAACAAGCAGUACAAUACAACCCACCGUAAAACGCAUGGCUUCUUCAAGGCUGCUGUGGGCUUCAAAGGCUGCUUCUUAUCUCAGGAUCUCGGUCUUCCACAGAGGCUUCUCCUCUAUUUUAAAGGAUCUAAAAUAUGCUGAUUCUCAUGAAUGGUUAAAGGUUGAUGGUAAUUCUGCCACAAUUGGUAUAACAGAUCAUGCUCAAGACCAUUUAGGCGAUGUUGUGUAUGUUGAAUUGCCAGAAGUAGGGGUCAGUGUAUCACAAGGUGGCAGUUUUGGUGCGGUUGAAAGUGUCAAGGCUACUAGUGAUGUUAACUCUCCUGUUUCUGGUAAAGUAGUCGAAGUGAAUGAAGAGCUGAACAGCUCCCCUGGUCUGGUUAACUCAAGCCCAUAUGAAAAUGGAUGGAUUAUAAAGGUGGAGAUGGAUGAUGCUGGUGAAUUGAAGACCUUGAUGGAUGCGGAUCAGUACUCCAAGUUCUGUGAAGAAGAGGACUCCAAGCACUAAUUGGACAAUCCUGGUUAUGUCGUGCAUAGAGAUAUCUUGCUUCUGGAAAACUGAAAAUACAUUUUUAUCUGUAUGUUUUUCAUCCAACUAUGUAUUUCCAUGCCUGUGUUACUUUUGGAUGGGGUGGAAUUUGUUCAAAUAGUUUUUUCUUUAGACUAUGGACAAUGAAUUGAGGUUGGCAAACGAUUUGGCCACUUGCAGCAAAUUUGAAAUUGAUAAAGCUUUUGAUAAAA